AUGGCAGCAAUAGAUAUUGCAAUCCUGUUUGUAGCUUUCACAAGUCAUUUUACCCUAACCAUGAGCACCACCAUGGUUGCACUUGCACCUGCCAUCCCCAAACCUAAGCGAUUGGUCACCAAACUAAUUCAUCGCGACUCCAUCUUUUCUCCCCGUUAUAAUGCUAAUGGCACCAUUGCUGAUCGUGCAAGACGUGCUAUGGAAACUUCAAUUGCGCGUUUUGUUCAGGUGUCCGGACUAGUCUCGGAUAGCCAUGGCAUUCGAACCACUCUUCUCCUUAGCCAGCCCAGUGAACUAUUCUACAUAAAUUUUUCUAUCGGCCAUCCACCACUUCCACAGCUAGCAAUCAUGGACAGUGGCAGUAGUUUUCUAUGGAUCAAGUGUCUUCCUUGCAGUCCUUGUUCAAGCAAAUCACCUAUUUCAAUUUUUGAUCCUAGGAAGUCUCUCACUUAUUCUAGCAUGUCAUGCAGGAGAUAUAGGUGUAACCAUUCCAAAUGCAACUCCUAUAAUGAAUGUACUUACAAUACAACAUAUGUUCGAGGUCCUGGAUCGACCGGGAUCUAUGUUUUUGAACAACUUUCCUUCGAGACGAUAGACGACACGAAGAUUGUGGUGCCAAGGGUACUUUUGGGGUGUGGUCGAAAUCUUGAAGUUGAUAAAGGUCAAUACAAUGGAGUAUUUGGACUUGGAGUUGGUAGAGAGACAUCUUUGAUAACUCAAUUAGGUUCUCAAUUCUCCUACUGCGUUGGAACUGCAUAUACUUGGCUAGCCCAAGAUGCAUAUAAUGCACUUAGCGAAGAAGUUCAAAGUCUCUUCAGAGAGAUGUUACAACGGUACAAAGGCAUGCCAAACCAACUGUGCUACAUUGGGAGUGUGAGGGAGGAUCUUAGUGGGUUCCCGGCAGUAACUUUCCAUUUUGCGAAUGGAGCACAAUUAGUGCUCGACACCCAAAGUUCUAGUGCUGUCAAUGGAGACAACUCCAAAAAUUUGUCCGUCAUUGGAAUGAUGGCCCAACAGAACUACAAUGUGGGUUACGACAUUGGUCAAAACAAGUUGUACUUCCAAAGAAUUGAUUGUGAGCUUCUUAAGGACUAG